AUGGCCACUGUUCACCCUCCUGAGAAAUCUUUGGUGCGGGAGGAUGAAGAUGACAAAGAGAAGGCCAGAAAAAGAAACAAUGAGAUCAUAUCAAGCCUUGGAAAAGAAGAAGGCUGGAUGGAAGAGUAUACGUAUGAAUACCAAGGUUUUUGGUACCCUUCAGUGACUGUAGUAGAAGGAGUCAUGUGGGUGCAGCAAAACUUCAAGCCGCGCCAUGAAGAUAUUCUUCUGGUCACCCUUCCCAAAUCUGGCACAACAUGGUUCAAACCUCUCAUGUUUGCUGUCAUGAACCGAACCCACUUUGAUCUCUCAACACACCCUCUUCUCACCACCAGUCCCCAUGAUCUUGUUCCCUUCUUGGAACUGUACCUCAGCCACAAGAUCCCCUUCCCAAAUCCGGAUACUUUCUAUCCACCUCAACUCUUCCAGACCCACAUCCCUUUUACUUCAUUAUCACAAUAUGUAAUGGAAUCUCAGUGUCGAAUUGUCUAUAUUUGCCGAAAUCCGAAAGAUGUGUUUGUUUCUACAUUUUACUUCCUGGAGAAAGUGACAGAUAAGAAGUUAACACCCCUUUCACUUGAGAAGGCAUUUGAGCUGUUCUGUAAAGGGGUCUCUCUGUAUGGACCCUUCUGGGAUCAUGUAUUAGGGUACUGGAAGGCAAGCUUGGAAGUGCCUGACAGGGUGCUGUUCUUGAAAUACGAAGAUAUGAAGAGGGACUCCUCUUUUCAUCUCAAAAGAUUGGCAGAAUUCAUGGGCUACCCUUUCUCUGUAGAGGAAGAAAAACAAGGAGUGGCGCAUGACAUUCUAGAGCUGUGCAGUUUCGAGAACCUAAGGAAUUUGAAGGUGAACAAGACAGGAAAAAUAAUUACAAGUAACAAUAAUCAAGUGGAGAAUCAUAGAUUUUUCAGGAAAGGUGAGGUUGGAGACUGGAAGAGACAUCUAACAGCUGAGAUGGAGGACGGCCUUAACAAGCUGAUUGAGCAAAAGUUGGCUGGUUCUGGUUUGGCAUUCCGUGACUCCUCCGAGGCAUGA